AUGGGAUGUGAGAACAUCGUAACCAUAUCCUUGCUAGCUCUAUGUUUGGGUGUAAUUGGGGCCAAUGCACGUGUAAAAGCACAUGUUGGCUAUGUCCAAGAACGGCUGAUGGGAAACACCUGGUGUGGAGUGCCGGCGCAGACCCUGGCCGGAGCUGUGUGCGGCUCGCUGCGCUCCAGCUACCUGGGCCGGACUUAUGCCAGCUUCCGCGGCGUGCCCUAUGCGAGGCAGCCGCUCGGGGACCUGCGCUUCGUGGUAAAAUUUUCGGACGGGUUUUUCGACGCGUCAGUCGAAGGUCCCGUGUGCCCGCAGCGCGACGUGCUGUACGGACCGAUGAUGCAGCCCCGCAGCAUGGGCGAGGACUGUCUCCACGUCAACGUGCACGUGCCAGCGGGCUACCUGCCGCGCUGGGACCGAGAAUGUUGCGGCUCGGCCUGCCUUCCGGUUGUCUGCUUUAUACACGGCGGUGCUUUUCAGUCGGAGUCCGGGGACAGUGAUUUCAAUGGGCCCGAGUAUAUGAUAGAUGAGCUUGUGGUUGUCAUUACUAUCAAUUCCAGACUGGGUCCGUUCGGCUUCUUGUCUCUGAACUCGUCUAGUGUCCCGGGUAACACGGGUCUACGCGACAUGGUCGCGGCGCUGCAGUGGGUCCAGGAUAACGUGCGGGCCUUCGGUGGAGAUCCACAGCAAGUGACGCUGAUGGGACAGAGCUCGGGAGCUUCCAAUGCGCAUAUUCUGUCGCUUUCUGAAGCCUCCAGGGGAUUGUUUCAAAGAUUAAUUUUGAUGAGCGGAACAGCGGGAUCUGGAUUUUUCACAACUCGGCCGAGCUAUGCGCAGAGCGUGAAGAGCUCUUUUCUGAAGCAGCUGGGCAUCAACAGCACGGACGCGGAUGAGAUCCACCGCCAGCUGGUCGCCCUGCCGGCUCAGGCUCUCGUCGACGCCAAUAGUGUGCUUCUCGCGUCUUCUGGUUUUGUCGUGUUCUGUCCUGUGGUAGAGUCAGAAUUCUACGGAGUGACUAGGAUCCUCGAUGACGAUCCGGAUAUAUUAGUAGCGGGUGGAAGAGGAAGUCAGUACACGACGUUAUUGGGAUUUACAAAUAAUGAAUGCGCGUCGUUAAGACACAGACUUGAAGAAGUAGACAUAAUAGGGACGAUUAAGAAGAACCCGAACGCAAUUCUACCGACUAAACUAAUGUUUUCUGUCCCACCUGCCCAACAACCAGUGGAUGCGAAACAGAUCAUAGAUAGGUACUUCCACGGACCACCGACUAUGGACAAAUUCAUACCUGCGUGUUCAGAUUCCUUUUUCAUAUACUCUACACUUAAACUGGCUGAAGCCAGAUUUAUGAUAGGUGGUGCCCCGCUUUAUUUGUAUCAGUUUUCGUACGGUAGCCCCUAUGUGCCGGUCAAACGAGCCUUCGGGAUAAAUUACAAAGGCGCCGGGCAUAUGGACGACCUCUCAUACGUGCUGUGUGUUAACUCCAUGCUUAAGGAUACUGUAAUGAAUGAUAGCGACGAAGCGGUGAAAGACUGGAUGACGGAUAUUGUUGCCAAUUUCGUUGUCUGUGGCAACAUGACAUGCGGCACGGACACAAGCGAGACCUGGCCAGACGUGGCGUGUUCUGUGGGGGGCUGGGACUGCCGCGGCCAGAGGGGGCUCCGGUACCAGGAUAUCCGGGGACCGGCGUGGGCCAUGUCGCAUCUUACUAGAGAACAGCGCUCCAUGAUCAAGUUCUUCGAUCAGAUGUAUGGAGCGUGGACGUGCCCCUAUUUGUAA